AUGUUUUUUGAAGAUAUAACAGACACGCUCGACAAGAAUCUGCUGACGAGACUAGGUACGCAAAGAUUAGUUUCUAAGCAUGCCGAGUUGACGAAAUUCGAAUCGGUAUAUGAGCAACUGACCCAAUCGCAGCGUCGUCAACUUCGCGACCCUCGCGUGCGGAAGGCGGUUGAGAAAUUGCUUCAUCGCGAAUUGCUGGCUCGCGCCAAGAGGCGACCGCAGGAUACGUUUGAGAUUGUGCAUGAAGUUGAUGACAGUGGAGACAGUGGCGACAACAAGAGCCAGAGCAAGGGAAAGGGAAAGGGCAAGGGGAAGAGCAAGAGGAAGGAUAAGAGGGUAAAGGUCGGGUAUGAAGGCUCGAGCAUAAGGGAGAAGAUAGCAGAAUUCUUGGACCUCCAGCAACGAGGAGGAGGCGAUGGAAGCGAUGAAGAGUCAGAGCACGAUGAGAAAUUCGAAGAGUAUGACAUUGUCACGUCGAACAAACUACAGCAGUAUAACGAGCACGAAGAUACACGUGGAAAGCAAGCGAUGCGGAACUACUAUAUCGAAUCUAGCGGGUUGGAAAUCAUGCCUACUCAUGCCAACCUCCCGUCAACUGAGAUCAGCAGACACGUCUCCAACAUGAACACUUUGCUCCACUUGAAUAUUUUACGGAAAAAUUGGAAGUUGGCGUACAAGAUCUUCUGCAUCUUGAUCCGGUUCCCUGAAGUUGAUAUCCGACUCAUUUGGCCCUUGGGGAUUGAGAUUUUAAUCAACUUGUCUCAUGGCGAUGGCAUUUACGGCAUGAAAGUUACCAAGUUUUACGACUAUUUGAACUCGUUCUUCGUGGUGAGGCAACAUGUUAUAAACAGGAGUGUUCGACCGUCGGCUGCCCCCGUAUGGAGAACAGGUUCGAGGACUAUGGUGGCGUUGUAUUUGAUAAGUUCCCUAUGGCAUUUAUUCAUCCAAAAAGACUACGAAACGGCGUUGGCUAAAAUAGAAGAGCUCGUUAUCGUGCCGCCAUAUAUCCAUGAAGGAGUAUUAUACUACAUAGCAGCGCUUUGUCACUUGUGUCAAUGCUGUCAAAUUGUCGAUUCGUUCCAAUUGCAAGGCGACUUUGUCAAAUUUAGUGAAAGUGGAGCCAUGUAUAGGAGUUUCCAUGAGUGUAAACAGUUGCUUGAACAAGCACUCGAGUAUAUCAAAAAGAAUUUGGCGUCUUGCAAAAAAUACAAAUUUGAAGUUGAUGAUGAGGCAGUGGUGCAGCAGUGGCACCAUGUGAUGCUCAAAUUGGAAAACAUCCGUGCCGAGAAUGAAGAAACGCUGAUGUUGAAAGUUGGCAGUGAUGAGGAGGAUGAAAAAGAAGAGAACAAAGCAUUGCCAAAUGGACAAAUGGAAGUUGACGAAUGGGGUGCUAUAUCUGAUGAUGAUGGUGAUGAUGAUGGAAACGAUGGAAACGGUGAUUUCGAUCAUGACGAAGCUCAGAAUGGGCAAAUGGAAGUUGACGAAUGGGGUGCUAUAUCUGAUGAUGAUGAUGAUGAUGAUGGAAACGAUGGAAACGAUGGAAACGGUGAUUUCGAUCAUGACGAAGUUCAGAAUGGGCAAAUGGAAGUUGACGAAUGGGGUGCUAUAUCUGAUGAUGAUGAUGAUGAUAAUGAAGAACAAGAGCAGAAGGAGGAGGUAGGAGAGAAGAACGAAGAGAACGGAGCAUCGCCGAAUGGAGAAGUCGAGUACGAUGAUUGGGACGCCAUAUCUGAUGAUGACGAAGAAGAACAAGAAGAAGAAGCUCAGUCACCGUUGGAAGCAUCAAACUAA